GCCACUGGUGGCGGUGUGUGGACCUCCGGCUCCAGGCGGCGAUUUGCAGACCUCCGGGCACGGUUGGUGCCGCCACGAACCUCCUGUUGGACGCAGCGCGGUGCCGACCGCAGCCGUCGCCGGCGGCCGUGAGGAAGGAUCUGAUCCCGAUAUUGUGUGAAUCGUGGGUUUGCUGCAGUGGGAAAGGCCCGGGACCGAGUUCUGCCGGACGGCUGCAGACUCCGGGCUCUCCGGUCCCGCAGGCCUUGUUUUAACUUUGCGCCCGAGCCCGGGCUGUCAGAUCAGUUCGUUGUGGUUCCCAGGCUGGGAGGGGGUUUGGCUGAUCUGUAUCCGAAGGUCUGUGCAAUUCCUCGCAGUCACGGGCAGAGUAAUUACCAUUACCAGAGUUAAUACCGGCAUGAAGUGUCCGGAUGGGAAACUUUCAAUGGUGUGUUGAUUAAAAAUUCGUUAGACCUGCGGUGAGAGAUUUAUUGGAACAAUACCCCAACUGGAAGAGAACCACGACUGAAGAUAAGGGAACAGCAGCAAGUGAACCAGCCCGAGGACUGAGAGCACCAACUGGAGAGAACCCUUCUGACUCAGGGUUUCCAUUGAUUCAGUCAGGAGCAAGUUUGGUUCUACUGCUGCCGCAGAGGAAACGAAUUUCAUGACAUAUGUCGGUGCUAUUAAACCUGAUUCUGAUAUUGGUAUGGGAGACCCAUCACUGGUCACCUGAUCCCAGUUACAGCAGAUCGCAAUGUGAGAUUGAAGCCUUUUCUAUUUACUUGCAUUCCUCAGAAAUGACAGCAGUUCAGUUAAGUUUCCUUCUGAGGUUCCAAAGCAGAAGCUCAGUCUGUCUAAUAUUUCCACACAAUUAAAAUGGGGAAUUUGUCUAUUAUUAUCAUGUACUGAGCUACAGUGAAAUUCUUGCCUUACCUGACGUUCCACACAGAUCAAUACAUUACGACAGUACAUUGAGCUGAUAUACGACAAAACAAUAACUAACAAAGCAUUAUGGCUGCAGAGAAAGUGCAGUGCAGAUAGACAUAUGGUGCAGGGUCACGUCGAGUUACAUUGUGAGGUUGAGUCCAUUUUAUCGGACUGGAGACCAUUCAUUUGGUUUAUAACCGCAUUCAGGAAGCCGUCCUUGAGCCUGGUGGUACGGGCUUUAAGGUUUUUGUAUCUCUUCCCCGAUGGGGAGCGGGUUUGCAGCAAGAAUGUCCAGGUUGUGAGGAUCUUUGAGAACAUGGCCUGCAUUUCCGACGCAGGGGAAGUGUAGGAAGAGUCCAUGGAGGGGGGGUUUGUUUCUCUGAUGUUCUCUGUUCCCCAAAGUUCUCUGCAGUUCCUUGCAGUCAUGGGCAGAGCAGUAGCCAUACGAAGGCGUGAAGUAUCGACAAGAAGAUCAGAGACCUCGGCCUUCACCCUGCCUUGUGUAGCUGGAUCCUGGACUUCCUGUCAGAUCGCCAGCAGGUGUUCCUCGCAAUCACCGUCAGAGUAGUUACCAUGCAAAGCGUGAAGUCUCUGGAUGGGAAACUUUCUAUGGUGUGUUGAUAAAAAUUUGUUAGACCUGUGGUGAGGGAUUUAUUUGAAGAAAAACCCACAACUGGAAGCGAACCACGACUGAAGAUAAGGGAACAACAGCAAGUGAACCAGCCCGAGGACUGAGAGCACCAACUGGAGAGAACCCUUCUGACUCAGGGUUUCCAUUGAUUCAGUCAGGAGCAAGUUUGGUUAAAAAUGACAAGGAAUUUAUCUACGGGAAUCUCCAACACAACACGCCAGUUUUGCUGUUGUCUCUGUCCACGUAUAUAAGAAGUGGAGCAAGGGAUUCACUCAAUCAUCCUUCCUGCUCAGACUGUGGGGAGGGUUUACUCGAUCAUCUGACCGACUGGCAUGCCUGUCAGUUUACACAGCGGAGAGGCCGUUCUCCUUUUCAGACUGUGGAUAUUCAAGGUCAUCUCAUGAAGAUACAUCAGCAAGUUCACACUGGGCAAGGCCAUUCACCUGUUCUGUGUGUGAGAAGGGAUUCAGUCGGUCUUUCCAUCUGUGGACACACCAGUCAGUUCACACUGGGCAGAGGCUGGUCAUCUGCUGAACUUGUGGGGAAGGAUUCACUCGGUCAUCUGACCUGAUGGCUCACCAGUCAGUUCACACCAAGGAGCGGCCAUUCACCUGUCCAGACUGUGGGAAGGGAUUCACUUGCUCAUCUAAACUGAAGGUACAUCAGCGAGUUCACACUGGGGAGAGGCCAUUCACCUGCUCAGACUGUGGAAAGGGAUUCACUCAGUCAUCCCAACUGAAGGAACAUCAGCGAGUUCACACUGGAGAGAGGCCAUUCACCUGCUCAGACUGUGGGAAGGGAUUCACUUGCUCAUCUCAACUGAAGGUACAUCAGCGUGUUCACACUGGUGAGAGGCCAUUCACCUGCUCAGACUGUGGGAAGGGAUUUACUCAGUCAUCCCAACUAAAGGAACAUCAGCGAGUUCACACUGGAGAGAGGCCAUUCAUCUGCUUGGACUGUGGGAAGGGAUUCAAUUGCUCAUCUAAUCUACAGAGACACCAGCGAGUUCACACUGGAGAGAAGCCAUUCAUCUGCUUGGACUGUGGGAAGGGAUUCACUGAGUUAACUAGCCUACAAGCACACCAGUCAGUUCACACUGGAGAGAGGCCAUUCACCUGCUCAGUGUGUGGGAAGGGAUUCACUCGGUUAACUCAGCUGAAAGAACAUCAGAGCGUUCACACUGGAGAAAGACCAUUCUCCUGCUCAUUCUGUGGGAAGGGAUUCACUCGGUCAUCUGACCUAAUGGCACACCAGCGAGUUCACACUGGGGAGCGGCCGUUCAUCUGCUCGGACUGUGGGAAGGGAUUCACUUGCUUAUCUAAUCUGAAGGUACACCAGAGAAUUCACACUGGGGAGAGGCCGUUCACCUGCUCAGACUGUGGGAAGGGAUUCACUCAGUCAUCAAACCUGCAAGAACACCAGCGAAUUCAUACUGGGGAGAGGCCAUUCUCCUGCUCAGACUGUGGGAAGGGAUUCACUUGCUCAUCCCAACUGAAGAUACAUCAGAGAGUUCACACUGGAGAGAGGCCGUUCACCUGCUCAGACUGUGGGAAGGGAUUCACUUGCUCAUCCCAACUGAAGGUACAUCAGAGAGUUCACACUGGAGAGAGGCCGUUCACCUGCUCAGACUGUGGAAAGGGAUUCACUCAGUCAUCCAAACUGAAGGUCCAUCAGCGCGUUCACACUGGGGAGAGGCCGUUCACCUGCUCAGUCUGUGGGAAGGGAUUCACUUUGUCAUCGUACCUACUGAGACACCAGUCAGUUCACACUGGGGAGUGGCCAUUCAUCUGCUCAGUCUGCGGGAAAGGAUUCACUGAAUCAUCCUCCCUACAGAGGCACCAGUCAGUUCACACUGGGGAGUGGCCAUUCACCUGCUCAGACUUUGGGAAGAGAUUCUCUCAACCAAAUCAAUCAAAUGUGCAUCAUUGAGUUCACACAGCAGUUCACCUGCUAUGAAUGUGGGAAGGGAUUCACUCAGUCAUCGAAGCUUAUGUAACUCACGCUUCGGCUAGCAGCUUAAUAUAGGGGGUGAUAGCCCCCCAGCCCGGCCAAAUUUAAACAAAUCUCGUUUUGAUGGAUGCUGCGCGAUGUGUCCCCUGUUACAUAUCAGUACCCUGAAAUAACAAACAGUACACAAUAUUUGAUUAAAAGAUUGAGCUUCAUAAUUCUUACUUUGACUAUAGGGUGAAUAAAGUAAACAAAAAAAAAAGAAAAAUGGCCCACUCUCUCCAUUCACAUCUUCUCAUCUCUUCCCAGCAAAAGACCAUGAAAAUCUCUCUUACAGACUCGCAAGAAAGAACAUUUCUGUCAUUGGAUAGCCCUGCACUCCAAAACCCUGUUAUUUCUAUUCGUAACCUAAACAUUGCUGCUGCAGAGAAACCAUUACCUCAGCAGUGAAACAUCACAGAGAGGCCAUUACAUUAGCAGUGAAGACUUACAGCGUGUUACACUGGUGACACAUUACCGGGUUCACACUGGAGAGAAGUUUCAAUGAGCUGCAUGCUGGGUGUUUGUCCAUCACCGUUGCUGAAUGCAAUUUCGAGAGUGACUGUCGGUGCUGAACUCUGCAAUUAUUGCUGCUGCUCACCACACCCAGUUCUGCACCCUGGUCACUGGGCAUGGGAGGAGUUUCUUCUGCUGCAUAUUCACCUUUAAUAGGACUGGAGUUUAAUAUUCUGGAUCUGAGACAAAUAAAUCAGUUCAGUUUUAAACUCUGUCUCUGGUAUCAGUGAAUUUAUAACACACCUAGUGUACACUCAGGCCGGCUGGACCCUGCUAGUGAUUGAGUUCCACAACUGUCAUUUUAAAUCCUCCCCUGUUGUUCCCCUCUCGCUCUCCCUGUGGUGAUGGGUUCCAAACAGUCACCUCUCUGUGGGUGAAGAGGUUCCCUUGAAUUCUCUGCAGACUGAAGAAGUCGAGCUGACUGCAGUUCUGUCUGAGAUGUUCUUUGUCCCUCUAAUCUCUGGGCUGAGGAAGAAUGACAUUGGUAGUAAACCUCCUUAUUCAGGGCUCAUUUCCACAUUUUGGGUCAUUUUCCCUGCUUUUAAAGGGUUGUUAGAAAACGCCACUGUCCUCUAAAGACUGAAAGCAGAAUGGGAAACCAUUAGUUGUAUUUUCAACGGAGCAGGAUCAGAAACCAGAGGCGGGUCCGUACAGGGCAGAGUUUGGGGCUCUGAACGAUGGUUGGGGUAAGAACGUAUGAUGAGGAGAAGGGAAUCAGCAGCAGGGCGUGGCAAUGAAUGACAGAGUAGCAACGUUUGGAAGUUGAUUGACAGUGAAAAUAACAACACCUUGUAUUCCAUCUGGGUAACAACACCUUGUAUUCCAUCUGGGAAACAACACCUUAUAUUCCGUCUGGGAAACAACACCUUAUAUUCCGUCUGGGAAACAACACCUUAUAUUCCGUCUGGGUAGCCAACAACACCUUAUUUUCCGUCUGGGUAGCCUCCAACCUGAUGGCAUGAACAUUGACUUCUCUAACUUCUGCUAAUGCCCCACUUUCCCCUCGUACCCCAUCCGUUAUUUAUUUUUAUACACAUUCUUUCUUUCACGCUCCUUUUUCUCCCUCUGUCCCUCUGACUAUACCCCUUGCCCAUCCUCUGGUUUCCCCCACCCCCUUGUCUUUCUCCCCGGACCUCCUGUCCCAUGAUCCUCUCAUAUCCCCUUUGCCAAUCACCUGUCCAGCUCUUGGCUCCAUCCCUCCCCCUCCUGUCUUCUCCUAUCAUUUUGGAUCUCCCCCUCCCCCUCCAGCUUUCAAAUCUCUUACUCACUCUUCCUUCAGUUAGUCCUGAUGAAGGGUCUGGGCCUGAAAACGUUGACUGUACCUCUUCCUAGAGAUGCUGCCUGACCUGCUGCAUUCACCAGCAACUUUGAUGUGUGUUGCUUGAAUUUCCAGCAUCUGCAGAAUCCCUGUUGUUGACAGUGAAAAUAAUUUGGUUGUCUGACAGAUGACACAAACAAUACCAGUGGUGAGGUGCUCCACUGGUCGAGGAAAAUGUGUGCUGGGAAUGGUUUUAUCUGUUGAGGGAGUUGUUCCUGCUUGUUUAUCCUGUAAUAUUAUAUCCGAAUGGUUAUUAUGGAUUGUCCUUGUCAUGGUUCGGUCUGUGAAGUCCACAUUCUGGUUCACGGUCUGGUCCGUGGACUCAGAACUCUGGGUCUUCCAGCUGUCCCUUGUUUGAAUUAAUCAUAGGCUCCUGAUUCCCAUCUUUGGGCUUGCAAUGUAAGUAGCCUUGGGAUUGAGUGUGGGCUGCUGGAUUUUGUCUUGUCAGUCCCCCAAAACCACUUGUGAUCUCUAGGCCUGGUUGGAGGACCACUGCUUCAUGGAGCCCUGUUGCCACUUAUUGGAGUAGUCUUUGCAGUAUGGAUUUGGCUGUUUCCUGGGCCAGCUGAGUGGCUGCCAGCCACUCCAAGCUGGGUAGGGAUACGAUUGUUUCUGUAGCCAGCUGAGGUUGCUGGCUGAACUGAGACUUGGAGCUACCUCGGAGCAGAGGUGGAACUGUCUGUUGUUCUUUGGUGUUUGUCUCUUCUUGUCCUCUCCUCUGUGGGGUAAGUCAGGCUGUUCUGCUGUUGCCCCAUGGGGGUCAUGUCUUGUCCUUGUCUCUGUGGGGUAAGUCAGGCCGUUUUGCCUUUGCCUUGCGGUGGGUCAUGUCUUGUCCCUGCCUCCGUGGGGUAAGUCAGGCCGGUUUGCUGUUGCCCUGCGGGGAGACAUGUCUUGUCUUUUCCUCUGUUGGGUAAGUCUGGCUGUCCUGCCAUUACCCAACAGGUGGACCUGUUCCACCUUGGUGUGGAGAUGAAGUUGAGUCCCGGCUUGUCGUAGGAUAAGUCCCGGCUCUAUGUCUAUAUUCUGUCCUGUCUCAUGUUGGUGUUAAAGUUGAGUCCUGGGUUGUCGAAGGAUAAGUCCCGGCUCUAUGUUGAUGUUCAGUUCCCAGUCUCUCUCUCAGCUCCAGUCUCCGAGUUAUCAGCCUCCGCAUUUCAAGCCGAAGACCCCAGGCCUCAAGGAUCCCAAGCCAAGCUCAAGCUCCAAGUACCCAAGCCAAGCUCCAAGAACCCAAGCCUCAAAGAUCCCAAGCCUCGAGGAUCCUGAAGCCAAGCUCCUAGAACCCAAGUCUCAUGGAUCCCGCAGCCAAGCUCCUAGAACCCAAGCCUCGGGGAUCACAAGCCAAGCCCCAAGCCUCGUGGAUCCCAAGCCAAGCUCAAGACCCAAGACCCCAAGCCUCGAGCCAUGUCAUGUCCUUGCCUGGUUCUGGGGUCCGAGCCCAAGGCAAGACCCAGGUUCUGGGUCCUUAUCCAGUCUCGGGCUCAGAGUCCAAGCCUUGUCUUGUCUCCAAGCUCAGGCUUCUAGACCCCAGCCACGUCCUGUCCUGAAGCCAUGUCAUGUCCUUGCCUGGUUCCGGGGUCCGAGCCCGAGGCAAGACCCAGGUUCUGGGUCCUUGUCCAGUCCAGGCUCAGAGUCCAAGCCUUGUCUCCUAGUCCGUGGUUCCUAGUCCUGGUCCCGCUUUCCCUAGCCCAACUCUGCAUUCUUGUCCCUGCUCCUUGCCUGAAUCCUGUCACGUCCUGACUCUAGUCAAGUCCUGUUCCCUGUACUUCACUGUCUGUGUCUCGCAUUUGGGUCCGUUCCCAGCACCCCAUUGUGACAGUCCUAUCUGAAAUAAUGUAUUAAUUAUCACAUAGUUUGUAAGAUUUUGACUCUAAACCUGGAUCAGGCUUGAAUUUAUAGUGCCUUCAUGAAGUGAUGGAGGCCAGUCAUGAGUUUGUAUUUUAAAGUAAGAUUUUGGUGAAUGAUAUUUGCCACUUGAUUGUACCUUUGUAAGUAAUCAGAUUGAGUUAACCUGCUGCAGGAUCCUGGAAUAUGUUGGAUUGUGUCUGGUUUGUCUUGGCAUUUUCUGCAUUUAUUGCCUUGCUUGUUUGUAUUGCAUCUACCUUUGAAUUUUUUUUCUCUUUUUAACCACCUUGUCCUGUAUUUCUCAGGUGCUCUGUAUCAGGUGCUCGAUGCUUCCCUGUCACCAUCUCGUUUGCUCAGAUGAAGGGUCAUACUCAUUCCACUGUGUUUUUUUCCAUAGUGAUGAUUCAUUUUUCUGAGUUGGCCUCUCAUUUCAGUUUUCUGGUCUGUAUUUCUUAUCACGAUUGCAUAUACACACAUGAAGUGCUGAAUCCUGUUCAUUUUUGAUGAAAAUAUAUACUUAGAAGUUUUAUCUGACUGUUGUGUGAUUUUUUUUUCAUGUUGUGUUAUUUCUCUUCCUCCUUCUGUCCAAGGUAGUGUUAAUCUAAGUGGGAUUGAGUGUAAAUAGUCUUUUCUAAAAUUUGUUAAAUCUCUUAUUUAUCUUUGUAAAUUUUUCUGAUCGAAAUGGGACCAAGAUAUUUUUAUAUAAAAAAGUCAAUGUCGGUAUUGAUGAAAGUGUUUAUUGCCUUUGUUGUAUUUGUUAACUGUUGAGCUCUAUUUGGCAGGUUUUUUUAAGCCUUGAACUAAAUUUUGUCAAUGGGUUUUUCUAUUUCACACUGCUUUCUAUUUUCUUUGCUUGUUGAUAUUCCAGAUACGUGGUUAUCAAGAAUCCCAAAGAAGGGUCUUG